CACACACAGGCGCUGCUCUCACCCGGACUGUAUUGUUUUUUACCUGACACGGAUAUUCGGACCCUUCUCCACUCAUGAGUCGGGUUUCUCUGCCCGAGCUUCUGCUCCUGCUCCUGUUUAUGGUCCAGGUUGUUGUUGUGGUCAGAGCCAGUCCUGGAGACAGACUGGUGAGAAAAAGAAGAGAAUGGAUCGUUCCUCCAAAAGCUCUGAAGGAAAAUGUAGACUACACAGGUCAGACCUCAAUCGCCAGGAUUCGAUCCGAUUUUGAAAGCGGGGCAAUUAUUCGUUAUUCCCUGGAAGGAGAGGGUGCAAACAAAUAUCCCUUCAAUGUGUUCAUCGUCGACCCAAUCACUGGAUACAUCCGUGUGACCCAAAAGCUUGACAGGGAGUUAAUUGACACUUACAAUCUGUCGGGUGUUGCUACAUAUAGUGAUGGCAAACAUGCAGAGAAAAAAAUUGGCAUACGGAUCAAGGUUGUGGACGAGAAUGACAAUCCUCCAGUGUUUGGACCGGUCCAGAAGGCGGAGGUGUCCGAGAACAGUCCUCCAGGGACUUCAGUUAUGAAAAUGUCAGCAACUGAUGCUGAUGAACCUGGGAACGUGAACUCUAAAAUUGCCUACAGCAUCAUAAAUCAGAGUCCACCCGGUGACAUGUUCUCCAUUGCCCCUGAUGGGACAGUCUAUGUCAAACAACCUUUCCUGGACAGGGAGAAAGACGACCGCUACACUUUGACCGUGAAAGCUCAAGACCUAAAUGGUGCACCAGGCGGACACAGUGCCACCAGUACUGCGACCAUAAUGAUCCAGGAUGUGAAUGACAACUUCCCAACUCUGGAAAAAGAGACGUAUUCGGGCAGUAUUGAGGAGAACGCUGAGGGUGUGGAGGUGAUGAGAAUCAAAGCAGAGGACCUGGACGUGGAGAACACAGACAACUGGGAAGCGGUGUAUGAAAUUACCCAAGGGAACGAGGCUGGGUAUUUUAGCAUUCAAAGAGACCCACUCACCAAUGAGGGCAUCCUCAUGCUCAACAAGGCUGUAAAUUAUGAGGAUGUGAAGGACCUUCAACUGGGACUAAUCGUGAAAAACAAGGCUUCAAUGUUUUUUGGAUCGGGAGGAAGUUUUGGAGGUGGAGCAGGUGGAGGUGGUGGAGGAGGAGGAGGAGGAGGUGGAGGAGGAGGAGGAGGAGGAGGAGGAGGUGGUGCUGCUGGAGGAGGAUUUGGUGGAGGAGGUGGUGGAUCAUCAAGCUUCAGAUAUAAAACAUAUCCCAUCAAAAUCAACGUGAAGAAUAUGCCUGAAGGGCCAAGUUUCAGCCCCAAGAUCAAAGCCAUUCCAAUGUCAGAGGGAGGCAAAUUCAACAUGCAAGAAGUCAUUACCCGUUAUUAUGCAAUAGACCAAGACACUGGGAAACCAGCUGAGAAUGUCAGGUAUGCAAAGGGCUUAGACCCUGAUAACUGGUUCACCAUCGACCCAAAGACAGCUGAAAUCAAAAUGAACAAGAUGCCUGACCGAGAAUCUCCUUUCCUGGUCAAUGGGACAUAUCUUGCCAAAGUCCUGUGCAUCUCUGAAGACAUGCCCUCUAAAACAGCCACUGGCACUGUGGCAAUUCAGGUGGAAGACUUUAAUGACCACUGCCCCACCCUGACCAGUGAUGUAGAGACCAUGUGCACCACAGCCACUGGUGUCACUGUGGUUGCUAAAGAUGAGGAUGUAGCCCCGAAUGGACCUCCUUUUGACUUCACCAUUGUCCAUGAAGACACUGUGGGAAAGUGGAGGGUGGAGUAUCACAAUGAUACUGCAGCUAUCCUCAGGGCCCAGGAGACCUUGUGGCCUGACAUAUAUGAAGUGACAGUUUUGGUGAAGGACCAGCAGGGUGUGGCCUGUCCAGAGCCACAGAAAGUAAAGGUCCGUGUUUGUACAUGUGAGGAUGGAGUGGUGUGUGGAAAAAAAGGCUCCACUGGUCAGCCAACCAAGACGUCAGAGUUGGGGCCUGCAGGCAUCGGACUGCUGUUCUUGGGCCUGCUGCUGUUAGCGCUAAUCCCUCUACUGCUGCUCUUCUGUCAAUGCGGGAAGGCUGCGGGUGUGGCAGGGGGCUUUACUGAGAUGCCUUUCGAUACCAAAUCACACCUCAUUAAUUACCGCACUGAGGGCCAAGGAGAAAACACGGAGGUUCCACUGCUGACCAUGCCAACACAAGUAGAUGCUGGUGAUUUUAACAUACACAGAAAUUCGAUAAAUGCAAAUAUGGCAGGAAUGGAUUUUGUGAAAUCAGUCACUUCAAUGGAUGGGAUGAACGGCGGCGUCUAUGAAGAUGACGUGGCACGUCAUCUCAGAGAAGAAGGAUGGGGGACAAUGAACCAGCAGAUGAGAGGUAGUGGUGGUGGUGGUGGUGGCUUCUACUCUGAGUACGAAAGCAGGGAAUCUGCAAGAGGAGGGAUGUUUGACGGAAUGGCUCUGCCACACCACUUCCUUGGACAAUACUACACUCAGAGAUUGGCCAGUGGAACUGAGAACCUUGCAGUGAAGGACAAUCUGUUGGUUUAUGACUAUGAGGGCCAGGGUUCGAUUGCCGGCUCAGUGGGCUGCUGUAGCCUUCUGGAGUCUGACAAUGACCUGCAAUUCCUUGAUGACCUUGGACCAAAGUUUAAGACCCUGGCUGAGGUGUGCCACAACAAGAAAAUCCCCUCCGAAGUCAAGAAGCAUGAAUUCACUCCUCCUCCUCCUCUGCCGAGUGUCUCCAUCAACACUCAUACCUCAGUUUCAAGUUUGAUGGAUCCCCCACAACUACCACCUCCAACCCAGGUGCAGCCAACCGUCACCAAAACAGACCACAUGGUGAUCAAGGAGUCAAAUCGACAUUCUCAGGUGGUGAGGGAGAACGUGGCCACACAGAGAGGGGGAAUGGCGAAUCAAGGCCAGGUGCUCUUGCUACAGCAGCAGCCGCAGCAGCAGCAGCCUGUGUAUUACACCACCGCCCCAAUGAUGCAGCCGAUGCACUACGUUGUCCAGCCACAAGUUCAGAACACCAUGCUGCUGGCUGAGGCACCAUCCACCAACCUGCAGGGCAUGGUAAUGGUUAAUGGCACCCAGACUCUACCCACCCAAGGCAUGGUCAUUCAGGGGCAGACACUGAUGUCGGGUGGACAAUACCCAGGCCCCGGCAUGGUGAUGGUGCAGAGUGGCGGGAUCCAGGGGGGAGGAACCAACCUGAUUCAUGCUGGAAACCUCGCUGGUUCCCAGACCAUGAUGGUUGUGGAGGAAAAGGUCCCUGUAGGGUCAGUGAAAGUGCUGAAGGAGGGCCAGACCCAUCUCGUGCAGGGGGGAACUCUCAAGGGACAAAUGGGUGCAGGAUCGCAGAGAGUCUUGGUGGUCGGAGGAUCAUCAAUGAGCGGCGGACAACUGGUCCAGGAAGAAGGAGGUCUUGGAAGUCUCUCCAAGAGGAGUGAUUUAUCUGGCUCUCAGAGACUCCUCUACAGCAAGGGUAGCACAACCACAGGCUCCAACAGCAAUCUGGUGGGUUCCUCAUCCACCAUGAUGAGUGCGACGCCCUCUGUCCGCAAAGUGGUGGUGCAGGAGACCAGAGAAAUUCGCUGAAGUGCGAUGUGAGGAAAGACUUUCUGCCAUGACAGCGUUUCGAGAAUUUUACUGAGCAGCACUCUGCGUGUGUAUAUCAACUUCUUAAUGGUGGUGGAUGUGUUACAGCAGCUUGAUAAGGAUUACAGUCACAUAUGCCUGCAUGCUAAAGUUACAGCUUCAGCUGCAGUUUCACUGAAACAACUUUGUUAGAUUUAAAGUCAGGCAUAAAGCUUAUGUUCACUUUUAUCACACACUAUUAACACAAAGCAAACCGUAAUGUUUUUGUAGAUAAUGCUUUGAGGUCAAUGUUCUCAUUUAUUCUGAUAAACUGAUCUAGUUAUACUAUAUUGGCAGACGAAGUUUAAUGUUCCCAGUAUGUUGUUUAUAGUAAAUGCACUGAUAUUCCCAUCAGCCAAAGCUGCACUUUGUGUUUACUGCUAAGUUAUAAUUGUAAUCAAGUUAAACACACUCAUGCUGCAUUUUAGUAUUGUCAUUGUGAGUAUGUGUCUAAAGAAGCUGUUCAGACCUGGUAUAAACAUGAUACCACAUCUCCAUAUAAUGUCUCAGAUCUCACUUAACACAUAUUUUCUUGGUAAAAAUGUGUCUUCAUAUACUGAUGAUACAACGAUGUGACCGCGUAUGAAUUAAGGUAUAGAAAGCUUAGAAAAUAUUUCAGUUCACUCAGGUUUACACACACGCUGUUGGGAGAACUUCCAAUGGGGUCUGAGUGACUGGAUUUCAGACAUGGCCACAAUGCAUCUCAGGUGCACUACUAUACUUUUACAAGUGUAGAGCUUAACUACAGCCUCACUGUUAGCUGCCAGAAGGGCACAAACACUUACUUUCUACCUUCUAUUGUAUUUAAAGCACAUUCUAUUACCAAAAGCUAAUUAAAACACAAAUAACUUGAUUAAACAGGACGUUUAAGAGAAAAGUUUAAUAAACUAUUGCCCUGGUUUUCUGUAUUUUCUCGAUGCACAGUUUUGAAUGAGUUGCAGCUAAGCAGUAUAGAGUGGUGUUUUUUUAAUGUGUGAGAAUGCAAGUGCUGGUCUGUGUCUUAAAAUAUUGUCAUGAAAGGUAGGUUGUGACUCUUGUGAUGCAAUAAAAAGUCAGCUAUGAAAGCAAAAUGGCUUUAAAAUUCAA